GCUUUCUUCAGGAAUUUCGCUUUAUCGAUAAACCCCUCCCACCUGAAGGGGCGUGCCCGAGUUUACCCGUAUAUAAACAUGAGAGAGACGUCAGAGCCAUGUAAACUCCGCGGUAGUAAAGCUGUUUCAGGACCCGAAGUUAUGGCAGCGAUGCAGAGCACAAUCGGCAAACCUCAAUUCGGCCCAUGGCUUAUAGAGCAGGUGGAAAGUGGGCGGUAUGAGGGAGUGCGCAUGAUAGGCAAUGACAUAUUUCGCAUCCCUUGGAAACACAACUCUAGAAAAGACCUUGGGGACGAGGAUAUCAAAAUAUUUAAGGAGUGGGCUGUGGUCAGUGGGAAGAUCAACGAGCACCCUAACGACAAAGCCAAAUGGAAGACAAAUUUCCGUUGUGCGCUUUAUAGUCUGAAAAACUUUGAGAUGUUAGAGGAUCACUCCAAAGAUCCGGACGACCAACACAAAGUCUAUCGCAUUAUCCGUCCUCAAAAUCACCAAGAGGUACAGAGUGCAGAGCCAGUUCAACUUCCGCUACCAUUCAUUUCUGAGGUCUUCAGCACAAAUGAUUACAUGCCUGAAGACAUGGAGCAGGAAUUGCUCAGCCAGGUGGAGACAAUGCAUCUAAAUCCACAAUCUGCAGAAACCCAACCAUGGGACUGUUCCCAACAAAACAUACAGACUACCUCGAGGAGCUACUUUGGGACCCCAUACCCAGACCAAUGCAUGCAGAACAACAUGCCUGACCCAGUCCAGCAACCCUACACUACUGCACAGCAAUGGAACGUUCCUGCUCUCUGCGACCUGGAGAUCUCGAUCAACUACAGAAGAACAGAAGUUUUGAAAACUCGCCUGUGUUCGUCACUCGUUCAGUUUUACUACCAGUGUGACCCAUCUGAGCUGAUAGGAGAGCCAAUACGCUUCCCAACCACUGAGGGUCUGAUCGACCACAAACAGAUUCAGUUUACUAAACGCAUUCUAGACAGCAUUCAGAGAGGUCUGCAGCUGGAGGUGAACCAGUAUGGCAUCUACGGCUUCCGUCAGGACAAGUGUAAAGUCUUUGUCAGCACCAGUGACCCAUCUGAGAUCCAGAACCCAGAGCCCAGAAAACUGCAUCAGAACUCCAAGGAGCAACUGUUCAGUUUUGAUAAGUACAUAAAAGAUCUGGUGGAUUUUAAAGAGAACAGACGGGGGUCUCCAGAUUACACCAUCUACCUGUGCUUUGGGGAGAAGCUCCCUGAUGGAAAACCACUAGAGAAAAAACUCAUCACUGUCAAAGUUGUCCCUCUGAUAUGCCGCGAACUACAUGAAAGAGCUCAAAUGGAGGGAGCGUCCUCUCUUCGAGAUAACGUUAGCUUGCAGAUCUCCCACAACAGCCUUUUUGACCUUAUAAAUUCUUUGGGUCUGCCUUCAAUGGACUAAAGCUUCUGUUUUCACCAUGAAAUUAGUCGUCUGUCAUUCAUUUUCAAGUUUAUUCGUUUUGCUACUGUUAUACUUCUAGCACAAUGCAAACUGAGAGAUCUUUUCAGAGGUUAUUUCCAUGGGGCAUUCUGGGGGGAUUGCUUUGCGGAUCUUGUACUUGCUUAAAACUCAUUGCUGGUCUUUUACUGUUUAAUGGUAAUCUCAAUGAAACUAUAUUGUCUGAAACAUCUCCUUGUUAAAAUUUUCUAAUGAGGGCUUCAGCCUCAUUUUAAUAUCUUGUCUUCUAGUGAAGAGUCUUUCACACUUUGCCCAAAGGGCUUAAUUUGCUUUUUGUCUGUUUCCGUGUUUAUGAAUGUGAUAUCUAGAAAGUUUGAUGUCAUUAAAUGGAGUCAUUUAAAAA